CAGAAAUUUAUUUAUUUUGAGAAAAGGAAAAAAAAAAAAAACGAAACAAGAAGAAGAAGAUUGAAUUUUAAUUAUUAUAAUUGUAUAAUUAUAUUGAAAUGGCGUCGUUUGUCUUUGUGGAGCAAGAAUUUGAAAGUUGAAACGAAAAGGUGAACAUAAAAAAGGGACGGAUGUGAAGGGGAGUAGUGAAAUACAAUUAAAUAGCUCCACUGAGUUCCGACCGCACCUGCCCCAAACCCAAAGUCCCAAACCCAAACUCCUCUCUUCCAACGCAGCUUCCUAAAAAGCUAAGCAAGUGAGCACCGUUUUAGAAACGCAAGCAAACAAAGCGUGAAUUCUUCAGAGAAAGAUAAUUAAUAGAGUUCUAAAACAUAAAAAAGGGAAAAACGACGCUGCGUUUUGGGUCCCAAAUGCUCUGAAAUGGCUAUAGCUGACCAAAAGUCUUCUUCGUCAUCCUCAUCCACCUCCGCCGACGGUAAACUAUGGGGCUUUUUGAAGAGGCCUUUUCGCCCAACGGCGACCACCACCACCAAUUUCUCGUCCUCGUCUUCUUCCCAACAUAAUCAUCAUAACCAUAAUCAUAAUCAUAUUAAUGCUAAUACUAAUGCUCAUCAUCCCCACAACUCAAACUCAUACCACGAUGCUUCCAAUCUUCACGCCACCAACAAUUCGGUUUCUUCCGUCGCCAGGUCGCUGCUCCCAACUCGACGUCGCCUCAAGCUUGAUCCCUCCAAUAAGCUCUACUUUCCUUGUGAACCUGGUAAACAAGUUAGGAGUGCCAUUAAAAUAAAAAAUUCUAGCAAAUCCCAUGUAGCAUUCAAGUUUCAAACCACUGCACCAAAAAGUUGCUUUAUGCGUCCUCCUGGAGCUAUUCUUGCUCCUGGCGAGAGUCUUAUUGCAACUGUGUUCAAGUUUGUGGAGCUUCCUGAGAACAAUGAAAAGUUGGUUGAUCAAAAGAGCAGGGUUAAGUUUAAAAUCAUGAGCCUGAAGGUGAAAGGACCAAUGGAUUAUGUACCCGAGCUGUUCGAAGAGCAGAAGGAUCAAGUUGCUAUAGAACAGAUAUUGCGGGUUGUUUUUCUAGAUCCGGAGCGUCCUAGUCCGACUUUGGAAAAGUUGAAACGCCAAUUAGCUGAAGCUGAUGCUGCGCUUGAGGCACGCAAGAAACCGACAGAAGAUGCAGGUCCAAAAAUUAUUGGAGAAGGGCUUGUAAUCGAUGAAUGGGUGAGUUUUGUCCAUUCUUAUCUUUUUAAAUAUUGUUUUGUGCAAUGCACAUGUUUUCCCUUUUAUAACAUCCGUUCUUGUAUAUGUACUUCUGAUGUGCAGAAAGAGCGAAGGGAAAGAUAUCUUGCUCGACAGCAGGUUGAAGGAGUGGACUCAGUAUAAUGUGGUGCUUCUUUCCUUGCCGUUGUUUUUAUUGUUCUGUGAUUGGAUGGGAAUCAAUAUCUAUUACUAUCUUCUCAAAAAAAAUAUAUAACAUAUUAGGACUUUACAAUAUAAGUCAGUGUAAAAAAAAAUUUCCUGGAGAAGCUUUCAUAGUUGAGGAACUCAGAACUUGGAUUUCAAUACCUGCCUGUAGAUAAAGUGAUUUUGUUUCUUUUAUUUUAAGAAAUAAAAUUGAGUCUAAUGGGUUGUAAAUGACAAAAUUGGUCUGCCAGUCUUUGAAGUGUUAAAUGCACUUCUAUAUAUAGUUCUUUGUUCUUUUC